AUGUUUGGCCUUAAAGCAAUCUGCUGGUUACUACUCACGACGGGAAUUUUGGCAAAAUACAUUGUACCUGGUGGCAGAUGGCUAGACACGGACGGGAAUCUAGUAAACGCACACGCUGGGUCUAUCGUCCAGGAUGAGACGGGCAAGUUUUGGUUGUUUGGAGAGUAUAAAAUUAAGGGACAGACUGAGGGUGGUGGUGUCAGUGUCUAUAGUUCAGAUGACCUGGCUACGUGGACAGCACACGGACUUGCUCUUAGUACGUUGAGGUAUUUGCGCAACUCAAGGAUAAGAAGCUCAUCAGUGUGUCAGCACCGGUCGAGAAUAAUACUUAUAUUUCGCCAAGGAUGAUCAUUCAACGUCCGAAGGUUGUGCAUAGUAAAGCGACAGGAGCAUAUCAUGUUAGCACUCGUAACGAUCUUUGGAUGAUCCCAAUGCUAAUGGGAAUACCAGAUGUUUUGGCAUGCAGAUAACUCAACUUAUGGUCUACUUCUUCAAGGGUUUGCGACAUCUCCCAGUAUUUCUGGCCCCUACAGGUUUGUAGAUGCAACAAGCCCUCUGGGAAAUUGGUCCCAGGAUUUUGGUUUGUUUACAGACUACAAGGAUGGCCGGUCUUACGCCCUUUAUUCUAACGGAGAUCGCAAAGAGGCACGAGAUGUGUAUUUGACAUCUUAUAACGAGAACGUGACAGCCCUUGCCCAUGUUAUUUAUACCUUCCCAAAGUAUGAUCUUGAAGCACCAACGAUCAUUCAAACAGACAAAAGUUAUUAUGCGCUCAUGAGCCAUAAGACAGGGUAUCGCCCAAACAGUGAGCGAAGCUUUCCCUCAUUACUCAGAAUAUACUGACUGGGAAAGAUGUAAUUGCAUUCCGAGCAGACAAGCUUUCUGGGCCAUGGUCCCAACCCUGGAUUGUGGCACCGUUGAAUACGAGAGGCUUCAACUCUCAAAGUGGCUUUACCCUCACGAUCAAAGGGACAAAAGCCACAACAUAUCUAUACAUCGGUGAUCAGGUAAUAUCCCAAACACCUUCAACUUCCACCAAAACUGAGUGUAAUCAUUAGUGGGACUCAAAUUCGCUAUGGGAAAGUCGAUAUAUCUGGCUUCCGAUGAACAUCGACGACGACAAGAAAAAUCUCAAUAUCGAGUGGCAUGAUAUCUAUGAUCUGGACGUGUUAGCAAAUAUGAAAUUCCCGCUUUAAGAAUUCAAUCUAAUAUUCAGACAGAAAAUCUGGGGAGUGGAAAGAGGUUCAGGGGAAAACCUAUUACGGGAAAGACGCGAUUACAAAUGGAAAUGCUUACAAGCAAGAAGCCGUGAGGCCACUCGCUUAUUUUCUGAAAAUGAAAACCUUAUGCUAACCGAAUAUCAGAACUUCGGUAGCGAUGGAAUAAUUCUGACUGGCAUUUAUGGAAACGACAGUACUGUAACUUUCACUAAUAUCGAGGGAAGUGGCAAACCACAAUGGGUAUCUUUCUACUAUCAAAACACAGAUGACAUGGGGUUUGGAGAUCAACGUAAGCUUCUGAAGCUUCUCAAAUCCUGUCAGUAACUAAUUACGAUUUUUCUUGCAGCUGGAGGAACACCUGAUCGAAUUGGCGGAUCCUGGCAGCUUCGGAGAAUUAGUAGUGUGGUGGUGAACGACAAUGUACAGAACGUAGAAACUUUGUUUCAGAGGGACACACACAAAGGAAUAAUUUUAUCGACGCCUUUGCAAUUGAGAUUUGAAGAGGGGGAUCGGAAUACCAUAACGGUCGGCGGAUUGGGUAAUGGGUUUGAUUUCAAGGGCGCGGAUUUGGAUAGGAUUGUGGUCUAUCCUCCAGAAGUUUGA